AAAGUUUUAUCGAAACUUGUUCCGGGAUAUUAUAAAAGAAUUAUUUUUUGUUUAAUCAUUUAAUCAGUUCCAUAUAUUUGUCUUUCUAUCCACUUAAAAUAGUUGAGAGAUGGAGGUGGAUUCCUAUGCAGCAAUGGAUGUAAAAUCCAAAAAGCUGGUUUUGAAAAACAUUGAUAAAUCCUUGGAAGAUUUAGCGAAAGCGGUUAAAGAAGUUAAAGAAUGGCUUGAAGAACAAAAACAUUUCCCAGAAAAACCAUCUGACGCUGUAAUAGAGUUUUUCAUUACAAUAACACAUUUCGAUUUAGAAGUUACUCAAGAAAAACUGGAAUAUUAUUAUAGAAUCAGAACAGAAAUGCCUGAGGUGUUCGAACUGUCAUAUCCACUUUCAUCUAGUAUGAUAGACACACUUGAUUUUACGCAAAUAUAUCCUUUGCCUAAACUCGUAAAUAAUUCGGAAUCAUGCGUAUUAAUCAGGCUGAAAAAUGCAACAGUACCAAAUGGUUUUGACGCUAUGUCAUGGAUUGCUGCAACUUUAAACGUAUUCGAAGUAAUCAUGCAACAGUCAUUAGUACUGAAUAACAACAUUCGAUUACAUGAUUCAGUAGAAAGUUUAACAAAGGAUGUUCCUCUUGAUGUGCUGCCAAAAGACUACGGGGGCAGUGAAAAAUCUUUGGAAGAUCUUGAAUUUAAUAAUUUAAGCAACCUUCAUUUAAACGCUUCGGGUUUGCAAAAAAAAAUAACCAAAAUGGAUAUGAAACCAUACUCACCGACACCUGUAGAACAUAAGAAAAUAAUUUUAUCGCACUUAGGCAAGACAGUAGAGGAUUUAGAAAAAGGCGUGCAGGCGAUAAGAAUAUGGUUGAAGACCCAAAAGCAUUUUCCAGAAGAACCAAGCGACAAUAUGAUAGAAUUCUUCUUGGUAAUGACGCGGUUCGAUUUCGAAGCCAUUACAGAAAAAUUAGAAUGUUAUUACACAGUUCGAUCUGAAAUGCCAGAGGUAUUUUCAAUUUCAAAUCCAAGUCUACCCAGUAUGCAGAAUACGCUACAGUUUACACAAAUCGUGCCCUUGCCGAAACUGAUCAACAAUUUAGACGCAGUGCAAGUGAUCAAAUUGAGAAGCCCUAGUACGCCAGACGGUUUCGAUGCACAUUCUUGGUUGGCGGCCAGCGUAAAUUUGCACGAAAUUUACAUGCAACAAAAUGUAGCGCUUCACAGUGUCGUGAUAUACGAUCACGAGCAGUUAUCGCUAAAUCACGUAUUUAAAAUUACUCCUAAAUUCAUCAUGAACAGCGCGAAAAUUUUGGAGAAAGUUUUCAGCGAUAGAGUGAGAAAACUGCAUGUAAUCAACUAUCCUUCUAUUUUCCAUAUCGUAUUAACUUUAAGUAAACCUUUAAUGAAACCGGAAUUAUAUGAAAAAUUUCAUUUACAUGAUUCUAAAGAAAGUUUAGCAAAGGAGAUACCACUGGACAUUCUUCCAAAAGAUUAUGGUGGCAAUGAGAAAUCGUUGGACGAACUGGAAGUAAUUUGGAGGCAAAAAAUGACUGAAUAUCAAGAUCGUUUUGACGAAUUGGAAAACUUGAAAGUUGAUGAUUCGCGUCGAAAUAUUCCACAAAAACAAGAACCGGAAGGACUUUUUGGUACUUUUUCAAGACUAUUCAAUAUGUAAUCAAUAUUUACGUUCAUAAUUAAACGAAAAAACGUGUUAUGUACUUGUAUAAUUUUAAUUAGAGUUGAAUCCUUUACAUAUAUCUGUAUUCCAC